AUGUCAUCCCGAACUGGUCCCCGGGCUACGGGAACAGAUGGAAGUGAUUUUUCUCAUAGGCAAAGAGUUUCUCAGUCAAUCAAGUUAAGGUAAUCCGAUUUUAAUUUGAUUUUUAUUUUAUUUUAGUGUCCAAUACAAAUGGAAUCUGAAGAUGUUGUUUGGCCUUCAUUCCCUUGUGCUUUUGGCCAUGUGGACAAAGGUUGGGAGUGAGUUCGCGAUAAGAGAAUUGGGAUUCAAGAGCAAAUUCUUCGAAAAGUUGGAUCUCCCAACUGCUUAUCCAUGGGAAUAUGUAUGGUGCUCGUCAGUUGUGUGUAUUAUCCUUGGUUUACUGUCAUUCCGACACAACAAGGUACGUAAAACAUUUUUUUGUAAAUAUUUUAAUUUGUUUUAGGGGAAUUUGCUGAGAAUUGAGUACUACUCUCAAUUUUUCCUUGGAAUUCUGCCAUGUUCUGUUGGACUUGGCAGUCUUCUUCCUGAGCUGAUCGACUACAUUUUCAAUAUGGAAAGCAGUCGAACGCCAACUUUCAACGGUCACUUCCCCAUGGUGAUCAUCUGGUACAUAUUCUUUUUGAUUGCUUUUCAAAUUCACAUCUUUGCCAUCUACUUCACUUAUCAUUUGCUUGGAUCCUGGGAACGUGACGUCAAAAAAGAUUAG